AUGGACUGUCAAUUCAGCUCACCGCCGGCAAUGUGGAACUUCCGGCACCUCUUUUUUCUCUUCCUGCUUUCUUCUUCAGCUGCAUUUGUUUCUGCUCAGCCAUCCCCUAGUAAAUGGCAAACUCUCCGUGGAGCUGCACCAGUGGUCGUUGCUCGCGGUGGAGUUUCAGGUUUAUUCCCUGAUUCAAGUCCCGAUGCUUAUGCACUGGCAGGUUCUAUAAGUUUACCCAACUCAGCUGCCUGGUGCGAUGUGCAGCUCACUAAAGAUGGAGCCGGAAUGUGUUUCCCUGAUAUUUUGCUCGACAAUUCUUCUAAUGUUAAAUUUGUAUACACAAACAGGAGUUCCUCUACAUAUAAUGUAAAUGGGGUGUCUACCUCAGGAUAUUUCAUGGUUGAUUUUACCUUCGACGAUUUGCAACCAGUCUCCUUGGUCCAAGCACUUUUGUCUCGCACAUACCGAUUUGAUGGAAAAUACCCCAUUCUUCAAGUUGGAGAGGUUGCAUCAUUGAAGAACAGACCACCUGCAAUGUGGUUGAACGUCCAGCAUGAUGCUUUUUACAGCCAACAUAAUCUGAGUAUGAGGAGCUUUGUCAUUUCUGUUUCAAGAAGUGUGGUUCUGAACUAUAUUUCUUCGCCAGAGGUGAACUUUCUCAAGAGUAUAGGCUCACGUUUUAGACCUCCGACAAAACUGAUUUUCCGAUUUCUUGGACCAGACUUGGUGGAGCCCUCGUCUAAUCAAACUUAUGGUUCACUUCUGAAGAAUCUAACAUUUAUCAAAACAUUUGCCUCUGGUAUUUUAGUUCCCAAAACUUACAUUUGGCCAGCGGAUUCCAGUAUGUAUCUCCUGCAGCCUACAUCCCUCGUCUCUGAUGCUCAUAAAGAAGGCCUAGAAGUUUAUGCGUCUGACUUUGCCCCUGAUCUGCUUUUUCCUUAUGACUACAAUUAUGAUCCUGUAUCGGAAGUCCUUUCCUAUAUUGACAAUGGCAACUUUUCCGUGGAUGGUUUGCUAACUGACUUCCCGCUCACUUCCUCAUCAAGCAUAGAUUGCUUCUCUCAUAUGGGGAAGAAUGAAACAGAUAAAGUUAAGUUUCAGAUUAUCUCAUCAGAAGGAUCAAGUGGCCAGUAUCCUGGUUGCACUGACAAGGCUUACUUCCAAGCUAUUGCUGAUGGUGCAGAUAUUAUUGACUGUCCAGUUCAAAUGUCACAGGACGGUAUUCCUUUCUGUUUGGGGUCUGUAAACCUUAUAGAGAGAACAACAGCUGCUCAAUCAGGCUUCAUCAACGUUACAUUGACUGUUCCAGAACUUCAGAUUCAGGAUGGUAUAUGCGCCUUCAAUCUGACUUGGGAACAGAUCCAAACUUUAGAACCUUUAAUGUAUAAUCCAUACGCCAAUUAUACAAUGUAUCGGAAUCCAAAAGCUAAGAAUGAGGGGAGUUUUGUUCCACUAUCCCAAUUUUUAGACAUUGCCAGGAAUGCUUCUUCUGUCUCUGGAGUCUUAAUCCGCAUAGAGAAUGCCGCAUUCCUUGCUGAAAAUGUGGGGCUAGGUGUUGUUGAUGCUGUUGUGGAUACCCUGAAUAAAUCUGGUUACAGCAACCUGACAGGGAAGAAAGUGUAUAUUCAAUCUGGGGAGAGCGCUGUUCUUAAGAAAAUAGGAAAAUCCAGCAACUACGAGCUUUUCUACGGAGUGGAUGAAGCUAUUGGCAACGUCGCAAAUGCAACUGUAUCGGAAUUGAAGGAGUUUGCCACCGCUGUAGUCAUAAGCAAAGUCUCUGUCAUUCCUGUCGAUGAUGCAUUUCUAAUGAAUGUAACAGAUGUUGCUCUGAAGUUCCAGGCACUCGGUGUUCCUGUGUAUCUGCGAAGGUUCAACAAUGAGUUUAUAUCUCAAGCAUGGGACUUCCAGACAGAUCCUUACUUGGAAGUCAACACAUAUAUCAAUCAGCUGGGCGUCGCAGGAGUAGUUACACCAUUCCCAGCAACUUCUUCCAGAUUUAGAAGUAAGUAGAUUUGUAAGGUUUAUGAUGCAAUGAUUUUGUGUUUCCCUGUCAUUGUUUCAAAAUUAAUUCUCUUGGGAAUGGUGUGUGGUUGCUUGGUAUAUUUACAGGGAACCGGUGUUUAUCCGAGAAAAUUGUACCAUCAUACAUGCUUCCAGCUCCACCGGGUGCCCUAUACCCGGUCAUGGUGGUACAACCACCAACGGAGGCUCCAUUGCCAACCUUGGACGAGGCAGAUUUGGCCGAGGGUCCCCUGCCUCCCGUUCGACCAAGAACCACGGGUAAUGGUACUACUAGUGCUCCAGCUCCAACCUCGCGAAACGGGCAGAGCGCAACUGUUGCAAACACUAUCGUCAGCAGUCUUGCUAUUGUUUUUGUGACUUUCGCAACACUGAUGUCAUGACUGUGAAUCAAAUGGAGCCAGCAAAUUUUCGAUGCGGAUGAGUUUCAUAAAGCAUCCUAGGAAUGUAGAUGUAGUUUGGAUUUUCAGCUGAAAAAAAAAAAAUGAAAGAUUUGAUUGAUGAUUCAUUGCCGUUGGCCCAGUUGUAUUCUUUUUGGUUGUGAUUCAGCCCUCGUGUAGUUUUACUAAUGUCUUUUUUCUAUGGGUUCCGGAUUUGAGAAGUCAGACUGUCCAUGUACUUUUGAGUAGCAGUAGUACAUAAAUAACAUUCUUUUACACUGAAAUCCACACAGUCUACUGUUCCAUUUGACUGGUUUUUAAAUCUUCAAGUUCCUGCAAAAACAUGAUUGAUUGAUCGAAAUGUUUUCUGCUCUAAGUUUUAGCGGUUUGAUCACAAACAAAUGGCAUGUAGUUUUUCC